CCCGCGACGGAGCUUGAUUGAUUGAUUGAUUGAGCAGACGAACAAUUUAUCAGCGUGUUGUACCUUUCCCUACCACCCCAGAGCACCACAAACUUCAUCGCCUCGUCCGUCGGCCGUUCACAAUCAGCUCAAAAUGCUGUCCGGCGUGCUUCUUUUCAACUUGAAAGGUGAAAACCUCAUCUUCCGCAGCUUCCGAAAUGACUGUCGCCCUCGCCUUGCCGACGUCUUCCGCAUUCAGGUCAUCAGCGCUCGGGAAACCCGUUCGCCGAUCCUGACGCUCGGAAGCACCACCUUUAGCCAUGUCAAGCACGAGAAUAUCUACCUGGUGGCCAUUACCAAGAGCAAUGCGAACGCCGCUCUCGUGUUUGAGUUUCUGUACCGCCUCAUCCAGCUUGGGAGGGGUUACUUUGGCAAGUUUGACGAGGAGGCCGUCAAAAACAACUUUGUGCUUGUCUAUGAGCUGCUAGACGAGAUUGUCGACUUUGGAUACCCUCAAAACACCGAAACGGACACGCUCAAGAUGUACAUCACGACCGAGGGCGUCAAGUCCGAGCACCGCCCCGAAGAUUCGGCCAAAAUCACAAUGCAAGCCACCGGCGCGUUGUCGUGGCGCAAAGCAGACGUCAAGUACCGCAAGAACGAGGCGUUUGUGGAUGUUAUUGAGGACGUGAAUCUCUUGAUGUCUGCUGCUGGUGCUGUGCUGCGCGCCGACGUCACGGGCCAGAUCGUCAUGCGCGCAUACCUUUCUGGGACACCCGAGUGCAAGUUUGGACUGAACGACCGGCUUCUUCUCGACGGCGACGGCAUGAUGAGUCUACCAUCGGGAAACCGCAUGGGUAGCAAGGCUACCAAAGCCGCAGCUGGCAGCGUUACGCUUGAAGACUGCCAAUUCCACCAGUGCGUCAAGCUCGGGAAAUUCGACUCGGACCGAAUCAUCAGCUUCGUGCCUCCUGACGGCGAAUUCGAGCUCAUGCGAUACCGUGCCACCGAGAACGUGAACCUACCCUUCAAAGUCCACGCCAUCGUCAACGAGAUUGGCAAGACAAAGGUCGAAUACAGCAUCGGUGUCAAGGCCAACUUUGGCCCUAAGCUCUUUGCUACCAACGUCAUCGUCCGCAUCCCCACGCCGCUCAACACAGCUCGCAUAACAGAGCGAUGCACUCAAGGCAAGGCCAAGUAUGAGCCAUCCGAGAACCACAUAAUCUGGAAGAUUGGUCGAUUUGCCGGCCAGUCCGAAUAUGUCCUGUCUGCCGAGGCCGAACUCACGAGCAUGACCAGCCAAAAGGCCUGGAGCCGGCCGCCCUUGAGCAUGAACUUUAGCCUGCUCAUGUUUACAAGUAGCGGUCUGUUGGUGCGAUAUCUCAAGGUCUUUGAGAAGAGCAACUACAGCAGUGUCAAGUGGGUGCGAUACCUGAGCAGAGCUGGAAGUUACGAGAUAAGAUUUUGAUAUUUUUUAAUAUGGUUUACUCUGGGCAUGGCAUGGCGUUUGGGGAGUGUUUGUCUUGGCGAAGAGUCGCAUUGACUGGGUGACCUGGAAGGCGCUUGACCUAUCUAAGUUCUACCAUAUAUAUCCUGUUCAUUUCUCGUGGCCUCUCCUUGGCAUACAUCCUGUGUCCAAUAUUAUUACUACUAACGAGAAUCGGUCACGUCAGCAUCAUCUGCAUUUGUAUUUGCGGAGUCGGGGCGGCAUUUGACUUACGAUUUCAAUCCAGCGAGCCAUCCACUUGUCAACAACGGCUUUUGCUUCAUCCACAAGCCCGAGUUCUACGCGAUGUUAGACAGUCUCACCAAAAAAAAAAAAAAAAAACGGACAAAGCAAAUCAGACUCACCGAGCAAUAGCUGUACACCUCCCCGAAUACCGCUCUCGAGAGCCGAGGAGAUCCAAGCAUGGGUGUACGAAGUGUGCUCGCCGACAAAGAUGACACCGUCAUGGGUCUUGAAGUACUCUGGAAUGAAGAGCUCGUGCUGUCCGGCAAGAGGGGAUGCCCAGCUGCCCGACUCCAGCGGAUCUUGGUACCAGCACUUUCGGUUGUACUUGCCCGUGUACAGACCCUCGGCGGCAGGGCCGUGUAUCUCGAGCAUGGCGUCAAGCACAUACUGCACGUGCUCCUCCUCGCUCAACGAUGCCAUGCGGAUUCCAAACUGGUCCGAAGAAAUGUAGCUGGCGAGGAUGGAGGCGGGGCCGGUGCCGUUGAUAUCGUAGGAUGGGUAGCAGAUGCUGCCAAUACCUGGGAUAUCUGUGGUAGUCGAGCAUGAGCCAUAGAUGGGGUUGGGAAGCUUCGUCUCCCAGAAGCGCUCGCUGAACUCCAAUGCGAUCUUGCAGGCUCCUGUUCUUGUUGUCAGUAUGGAACUUGGGAGCAAAGUAACCAGGGGAUGAGAGUGACGAACCGUUGUAUGGCACCUGCGCGAUGGCGUUUGCGAUAGUACCAAUCAAGGGCGGGCUGAAACGCCAGUUCUUCAACACAGAGAACGGCACGCCCAAUACGGCAUAGUCAUAUGUCGAUGAUUUGAACUGGGCAUCCUUGAAGCUGUCGCGCCACUGCAGCGUCACCUUGCCCGUCGCCUUGUCGCGCUGCACGCGCUCAAUCUUGCGCCCUAGAGUGGUAGCGUUGUCCACCAACGGGUGGAAGCUCUCUGGGAUACGGUUCAGGCCACCGUUGACCGUCUUGUACGACGAGGCGGUAAAGUACAUGCCCUCGUAAAGCUGAAGAUGGCACCAGGCGUCAGCGGCUGUUACUGCAGUCUUUCUUUGCUACGCCAGAGGAAUUGUUCACGACUCACAGUAUCCCAAAAGUCUGACGAUCCAGAACCAACGACCAUGCUUGUGUCGUUCAGCGUCUGGUUCAAGUAGUUGACCAUGUAGCCAAACUCACUCCAACGACCGCCGAAUUCACCUGGGACCUUGUUGUCUGCGACGCUGUUAGUGGUGUGCACGCUUUUUUAGUCGACUGAUUGGUCAACUCACGAAUGAAAUCACUAUGGGCCUUGUGCAUGUUCUUUGCAAUCUCUGCAUAGAACUCCUCGUUCGUCUCCAGCGCGUCCACCUUGGCGCUGAGCGCUGCAGUGGAGUCGUCCAUCUCCAGGUCGACCCUCAAGGAUGCAUUCUGGGCGACCUCUGCAAGGGUGGGCGCGAUGCCGCUCGGCAGCUUGAUGGAGUUCUUGUAUGACAGUCCCUGCUGCGAGGACUGGUACCAGGGAAUGAAGUCGAUGCUGAGGUUCUUGGAGUGACCGUUGAGACGGUUCAUCUCUUCGGCAAGGUCAAAGACGAGCUGGUGGUCGCUGAUGUUGAGCGUUUGGUUGUUGAGCUCGAUGGUGGCGGGGAAUCGCAUCGGUCCCAUUUCCUGGUAGGAAAAGGUUCCGUUCUGGAAGCCCGAGGGUCCACCAGACAGGUAUGCCGUGUGGACGCGGCCGCCUAGUCUGGAGCUGGCCUCGAUAAUCUCGAGGUUCUUCAUGCCGGCUUGGGUCAGGACGAGGUAUGUCAUGAGACCGGACAUGCUUGAGUAGCCAGUUAGCAUGGAUCAUCUGCAAAGCAGGGAUUAGAUAUAGUUCUAGAGUAAUCUUACCCAGCACCAACAAUUCCAACCUUGGACGCCUUGGCAGCCUCGGCAUCCACGACACUCAGGUUCUUUGCCUCGAGAUGGGUAACGCCGUCGAACCACGGUCCCAGGGUAUCGAAGCCAUCGGUCUGCGACAUGACGAUGCCGCGCUUGGCUUUCCGGCUCCUGCUCGGAUGCAUCGUCUGGGGUCCACUGCGUCCGACGAGCCGGCCCGCAGAGUCCCAUGCAGAUAUGCAGCCACCCGACUUGGCAUCCUCGGGGAUGCUCCAUGCCAACCUGCUCUCGCCGGAGCUUGUAGGGCCUGAAGCAGUCGCAAUCACGUGGUGCGCGUCUUGGUGGCUCUCCGACGUGCACUCGCCAUAUGUGUAAGUCAGCGCACCGGCCGGGGCCGACUCGGCCGACCUGGACGAGAGGUAGACGUUGGCCAGGCGCGAGUUCAAGGCUGCCUUGGUGUCUAUGUCGACGGGCAGGACGGGCCUGGGGGAUGACCGGGCCAGUUGGCCGAACAGGGCUGUUACCAAUACCGCCUUCAUGAUGCUGUUUUGACUCGAAGCUGC